AUGAUCCGAUCGUGUCUGGAUGAUCCUCGAGCUAUCAUUAAGACGUUGUUAGCUCACCGGUCUUCCGCGUCCUCGCUGAUAAUAAAAAAAACUUGGUGGCCACACGUGGUCACUACCGUUCAUUUACGAACGCGAAUUAUGCGUAGUACGGCAGGUGGCAGGUGGUGGCCAUGGGAACCGAGGGUUGGGACGCGUUCCCACGGCAGCCUCAUUCACCGAGCGACACCUGCGCCCCUUAACGGGGAUGCGGCACACACGACCGACACGCGAAAGCCUCGAUUAGAUGUGUGUGUGUGUGCGUGA